UUCAAAAGUAGUAAAGUCUUAUAAUUUCUAUAUAUGUAACACUCCAAAUUGCAUUGCUCAUCAAAACAAACCCAAAACAUUCUUAACCAAAAGACUCAUUUUGUUCGGAAGUUCUGGUUUAGGGUUAAAAAUUCAAGUUCUCGGGUAUAAUAAUAUGGCAACACAAGAAGCAGGGAAGCUAGAGUGGAGGAUAAGUGUAGACAAUGGGACAACAGAGAGAUUGGUUCCUAGAUCGGGACUAAGUAAAAGGAUCUUUCUUUGGCUAAAGGAUUUGGUAAUGAAGGUGAUCAUGGAGCGGGUAGCUAAGUUUAUGAGGAAAGCUUGGAGGAUUGGGGCAGAUGAUCCGGCCAAAGUGGUACAUUGUCUUAAAGUAGGACUUGCACUUUCAUUAGUCUCAAUCUUUUAUUACAUGAGACCUUUGUAUGAUGGUGUUGGAGGAAAUGCUAUGUGGGCUAUCAUGACUGUUGUGGUCGUCUUCGAGUCCAAUGUUGGAGCAACAUUCUGCAAAUGUGUAAACAGAGUUGUGGCAACUAUAUUAGCUGGAUCACUAGGCAUUGCUGUUCAUUGGGUCGCCACACAAUCAGGAAAAGCUGAGGUUUUUGUGAUUGGAUGCUCUGUUUUUCUCUUUGCCUUCGCAGCUACUUACUCGCGGUUUGUGCCGUCAUUCAAAGCCAGAUUCGACUAUGGAGCAAUGAUCUUUAUCCUCACAUUUAGCCUUGUCUCAGUAGGCGGUUACCGAGUAGAUAAGCUUGUUGAAUUGGCUCAGCAAAGAGUAUCAACUAUUGCAAUAGGAACAUCUAUUUGCAUUAUCAUUACUGUCUUCUUCUGUCCGAUUUGGGCAGGAUCUCAGCUUCACCGUCUUAUUGAACGUAACCUCGAAAAACUUGCUGAUUCGUUAGACGGCUGUGUAGCAGAGUACUUUAAGGAGAACGAAGUCUCAACGAAUCGAAAUGAAGAUGAAAACACUAACAUGAAAUUGCAAGGAUUCAAAUGUGUACUCAACUCUAAGGGAACAGAGGAAGCCAUGGCGAAUCUAGCGAGAUGGGAACCUGCACAUGGAAGCUUUAACUUUCGGCAUCCAUGGAAGCUAUACGUAAAGAUAGGGGCUGCUAUGCGCAGAUGUGCUUAUUGCCUUGAGAAUCUCAGUAUCUGCAUCAACUAUGAAACAGAGGCACCAGACCAGGUCAAGAACCAUUUCGGGGAGGCAUGUAUGAAACUGAGCUCAGCUUCUUCAAAAAUCCUAAGAGAAUUAGCGGAUAUGAUGAAGAACACGAGAAAAUCAUCGAAGAUGGAUUUCCUGGUGUUUGAUAUGAACUCUGCAGUACAAGAGCUUCAAGAAACUUUAAAAAAUGUUCCAAUUGAAACCAAUAAGCCUGAAGAAGUUCCAUCUGAAGAGGAGAACAAAGUAGACAGCGAAGAGAGAACCACGUCCAUGAGCCUACAUGAAGUCCUUCCAGUUGCCACUUUGGUUUCGUUGUUAAUCGAAAACGCAGCUAGAAUUCAAACAGCCGUUGAAGCAGUCGAUGAACUGGCAAAUCUUGCAGAUUUCGAACAAGAUUCGAAAAAGAAAACCGGAGACAACAACACUAAACAACCACCACUAAGUUCCUAAAUCACUUUCAAUUACACAUCGAAAACUCAUCAUACAUGAAGAUUUUAAACCGAAGAAGUUUUCAUGUGUAUAUAUAAGCCUUUAGUGUAUGAUUUUGCUUAGUUCUGUAUCCGAAAUUUUCUUCGGCAUGGUUUCAACUUUUAAGGCUAAAAGCAAGUGAUAGAACCAAAUCUUGAUUGGAAUCUACAAUGUAUCUAGAGAAUCCUUAUGUCGCCAUGGCAAGCAAGAAAGAGAUCAAGGAAAAAUAAGAUCGUGACUAAACAUUGGCCAAUGUUCUGUACUUUUUGGUGAAUAUUAUAGAAUAUGUGUUCACCUGGAAAUGCUGGUGUCACAAGCUUUCCUUUUUCUCUUGAGAGGUUUAAGGCCAAGGUUCAGAGCUAAAUCCUCAACAGGAACCUUGAUCACAUCGUUUCUAACACCGAUAUCAGUAGCAUACCUACUCAUACAAUACAUCCCAGCAGUGACAGUUGCUACACCAACAGGAUUUGGAAUCAACAAUGUGAGAGGUGACGAGAGUAGUGCAGCUAGAGGAGCACCUAUGAUAGAACUGGCUUGACCACUUCUCCCAACCCCGUUCUUAUCCAGAAUGAGCAAUCCUGUCUUGCAGUAGAGAGCAAAAUCUUCGCAGUUAUUCUGGAAGACAUUGUAGUUACCAAAUCCGUUUUGGAGAAGGUGCAUUGCUCUAUGGAUGACUGUUUGAAGCGGGUCAGAUGGAGCAGUUGUGCACGUGCCACCGCGGAAUCUGGUGAGGAAAAUCGAUGAGCUGACUCCAUAAUCAAAACGGUAGAGAGAACCUUUCUUGAGAAAGCAGUCUAGGCAAGAAAGUACUACUCCACUCUUUGGUCGUUUAUAUCCACAGUCAGGAUAUGUAGGACAAGGAGCUUCUGAAGAAUCAUUAACCUCUGAAACUGAAGAAGACGAAGAAGAAGAAGAAGAAGCGAGUGUAGGAGAUAUCAAGCUGUGCUCAGGUUUGAAAUGAACCACUUUGCAACCACCAACAAAUACGCCUACAAAUGUGGAAAAUUUAGAAGAAAACAAAAUGCUUUCUUCAGUUGAAAUGUCAACAAAAGCAAUCAAAAUCUAUUUGCUACCACCAUUGACUAUAGAAGGACAAGUCAUCAUCAGUACGAUUGAAUCCAGAGAAAACAAAAGAUGAGACUUUUUGAAGAUCCGUUUCAAUAAAGUCAAAAACUUUGGCAUGAGGGAAAAAGACCUAAUAACAAAACAGAGUUUUUGACACAAUAACCCAAUAAGAAACCAAAUGACGGUUUGUUUCUUCAUCUCUGCAACGGAAAGAGGUAACAUAAACCCUAAAAUUUACACAAAGAAGAUCCAAAUUGAGGAAAAACUAUGGAUGAUUCAUGCCAAAAGCUCAUUGAUGAUGAAAUCAAAAGGAAGAAAUCGAAGGUACCGUGGUGAGAAUAAGCGAAGACGGCUCGAUAAGUGUAGAUGUGAUCACCAGGUUUAAGCUCGUCUCUCUCGACUUUGUUCGUGAGUACACCCAUUGCUUCGUCUUCCUCAAAAUAAAAGCUUUCCCUUUGGCUUGUGGAAAUUGCAGUGUACAAGUAGAUUCUUACGUCAGCGGCAGAGAUAUGAUUGGGCGAUCAAACCGGAGACUGUUGAACCAAUGCCGUUACAGAAUCUUUUGACGGCGUUAACUGUUAGAUGACGACAAUCGCUGUGGAGGGUAAUAUGGUCAAUAUACGAAAAGGCUUUUGUGAACACGACGCCGUUUUUAAAGUGUCCCUGGAAUCUUAUUCUUCCUUUCUUGGUGUAUUGGACUCAUAUUGGGCUUAAAGAAAACGCUCUACGGCCUAAAUAUCGAAAAGCGUAUUAUUUAUCUAUCAACCAAUUGUUAUUUUGCUCAUUGCCAACUAAUGAACAAUGCUUAGAAUUAAUCAAAUUUUCUAAUCUGAACGAAGGAAGAUAUAAGUAGGAGUUUUAUACAAUCGAUAAUUGUAUACUUAAUUAUUAUUAUAAGC